UGGAGUUUUAAUCUAAGGGAAAGUGAUACACUAUUUAUAUCCGAGUUACAACUUUGUCUACUAAGAGUCAUUCAUUCCAUUCAGUGUUCAAGAUAUUGCAGUUAUCAUUACACAAUGUUAAAGAGAAAGAUUAUCAUCGACACUGACUGCGGCGGCGACGAUGCCGUUGCCAUCAUGGCGGCUUUGUCUGACCCUAAUACCGAGGUUCUUGCCAUCACAGCUGUUUGGGGCAACGUCGAUGUUGAUCAAGGAAUGCAAAAUCUUGGCAAAAUCCUUGAUCUCUACGAUAUUGAUAUCCCGCUGUUUAAAGGUGCAGACAGGCCUCUUCUUGGCGAGCGUGAAACUACGAUAUGGGGUGGCUUCGGAAAUGAUGGCUUUGGUGACGCGGAUAUCCCAAAUUCUAAACGUGUCGAGAAGCAGUCCAAGCUCCAUGCUGCACUGGCCUUGACACAGAUUUUGAGAGAUAUUGAAAAAAAAGAAGACGAGGUCUAUCAGUUGGUGUGUCUUGGCCCACUUACUAAUAUUGCGAUUGCGCUUCGCCUGGAUUCGGAAGCUUUUCACGUGCUUGGGAACGACACCAACCCGGCUAUUACGGUUAUGGGAGGCGCCAGUGAGGCUAAAGGUAACUCAAAUAUGGCAGCUGAGUUCAAUAUUCAUUGCGAUCCAGAGGCUGCAUAUGUUGUAUUUAAUCAAAGGGGUAUGGCGCCGAUUCAACUAAUCUCAUGGGAACUCACGGUCCAGUGCCCCAUGAGUUGGCCCUUUUUUGAUGAAUGGAUUGGUCGAGGCUCGUCAAAACCGAAAAACGCCACCCAAGAGUUUAUUGAGAAAAUAUUCAGGCGUCUCGAGGACUUCACACGUCCGUUAGAAGACGGGACAAAGGCCGACAUUGGCGAUGCAGAGGUCACUCAGGACGUCACCUGCGUUAUUCCAGACCCGGUAGCGAUGGUGGCCAUGUUGCACCCAGAGUCUAUCCUAGACAGCUUCACGACCUAUUGUACUGUCGAGUUGCACGGCCGAGAGACACGUGGUGCUAUUUGUCUCGAUUGGUAUGGUACCGAUGAAUCAAUGGCAAAAAAGAAGCGUUGGCGUAACUGUAAGCUGGUGACACGCGUUGACACCGAUGUUUUUCUCUCUGCAAUGAACCAGAUUAUGUACAGAGAAAUCGGAGAAAAAUGAUUGCAUCGUAGAGUUAAUCUACAAAAUGGAAGUAAUUGAAAAAGUUUCGUGCUAAAUUAAAUCCGUUAAACGUUGAUUGUAACAUAACGUCGAAUGAAUAUAGGAAGAAAAUAAAUAUAUAUGUAAUUAUAGACAAAUAUAUCUAAAAAGGAGUAAUAAUAAUUUUCUUAAUAAAAUAGCAUGCAUCAUAUAAUCAUAUAAUGUACUAAGUAAACAUUGCAUUGCUAGCGUACAGCGUUAUUUUUUGGGUUGGCAUAAUAUUUUAAAGCGUUUUAUUCGAGUCGCUCGGUUGAUAUGAAUCGAUAGGAAAUUGGCUAGGGGCUGUUUUGUUUUUCAUUACUUUAAAACUCAGUUAAAUGAAAAACUGAACAAUAUAU